AUGGCAGACUUGCCUAAGCACCGAAUUUCGUUGGUAAGGGCAUUUUCCAGCGUGGCCAUUGAUUGCUGCGGGCCAUUCUUUAUUAGAACAGGCGCCGAGUCCCGUGGACGCACUCAAAGGAUCGACAUAGUUGUCUUUGUAUGCACCUCAACCAAGGCAGUCCAUCUGGAAAUUGUAAGCAGUUUGUCAUCCGAAGCAUUCAUGAGCAGCUUCAGACGAUUCACUUCACGUAGAGGAGUUUGCAAAGAAGUGUUCUCAGAUAACGGAAGGAAUUUCCUAGGAGCAUCACGUGAACUUCAACGUCUGUUAGCAGAAGAAGCUCAAACCAUUCAAGACCAAACAAUCAACCAGAACAUUACCUGGCACUUUCAACCGGCUCGUUCUCCGCACUUCAACGGAUUAGUCGAAGCAGCAGUGAAGUCAGCAAAGACUCAUCUCAAGAAAGUUAUUGGCGAGCAACGACUAAAUUAUGAGGAAUUUUAUACAAUUCUCACACAGGUCGAAGCCGUGUUGAAUAGUAGGCCGAUCACCAUUCUGUCGGACGAUCCCAGAGAUCCACAACCAUUGACUCCGGGUCAUUUUUUGCUUUUGGCACCACCGACUCAGUUGCCUGAUGAAAAUCUUGCAUCCGUGAGGAUGAACCACUUGACAAGAUGGCAAUUGUGUCAGCGGAUUGUACAAGAUUUUGUGAGAAAGUGGAGGCUAUCCUACUUGCACACACUUCAAGAGCGCUCAAAAUGGCACACGGAGAAAGAGAACCUGAAGGUGGAUGACACAGUGAUCUUGCACGAUGCUUCCAUAGGAACCACCAAAUGGACGACAGGAAGAGUUGUUGGAGUCCACACUGGAGGAGACGGGAAGGUGAGAGUCAUCGACAUAAAAACCCCGACAGGAACCUAUACCAGGUCAGUGACUAAAGUCGCCAAACUUCCAACAUGUGAGAGUCACAAUCUCCCCCGGGAGCAUGUAUAG